UGAGCCCAGCAGGAACCACGCAAUUUCCCCUGAUAUGGUAUUUAUAGUGAGAACCCCAACCCGGGACUUUACCUACGGGAGCAGCAGAACAGGCGCUGGGCUGCCCCUGCACAGCCCUCGCCUCCCCGCUGCGCUCUGCCCUGCGCUCAGCCGGCCCAGCUACAGCUGCACGUCCUCACUGCACGCUCCUGACUGCACGCUCCUGAGAUGGGACAGGAGGAGAGUAAACCUGAGCCUGGGGACCUGAUCGAGAUCUACCGGCCAUUUUACCAGCACUGGGCCCUCUACGUGGGAAAUGGAUAUGUUCUCCAUGUGACAGAUGAAGAAACCCCAUCCAUUUCGGGUAGCAUCACGUCAGUAUCCGCUAAAAGGGGCAAGGUGAAGAAGGAGCUCCUGACUAAGGUGGUCAAACAGGAUAAAUGGCGUGUCAACAACAAGAAGUAUGACCGCUCCCGCACUCCUCAUCCUGUGAAUGAGAUCAUCCGGAGAGCAGAGGAAUGGAUUGGUGAGGAGGUGAAAUAUAAUGUGCUUGGCAAUAACUGUGAGCACUUUGUGACCAAGCUCCGCUACGGUGAUGCAGUCUCUAAGCAGGUCGAAAAUGCAGUUAUCGGCGGUUUUGCAGCAACAGCAGGAGUUGGUCUUCUUGGUGCAGUCGCUGGUAUUGCGAUGGCGUUUCAGAAGCAGUGAUCAGCUGCCAGUUGGAGCUCAGAGCAAUGUGGGGUGAGACCCUGGCCACAGCAGUCACUGGUCAGAUUUUACUACACCUACCAUCAAGGUUUCCUAGGCACUGUGCCACCCUUGCUGUAAACAUUAAACAAUCCUUCAUAAAAUGCCUGAAAAUCAAACUCAUUUCACCCUAAAAGUCUCUUUUAUCUGAGUAUAGCUUUAUGUGCAGGACUAAGAAUUAAGCCUUGCUUCUCCAUGUCAUCCCAUUAAGAAAUGAAAAAUCAAGAUCACUCUUCAAGAUGAUUCGCAGCAGUUCUUGCCAGGUUACCACAUCUGGUUUUAUUGAACUGUCUGUGAUGAUUUUUGUGGUAGUUUGGGAGCUCUUGCAGACCAUUUAUGCUUUACCUUGCCCUUCCCCACACCUCCCCUCCAGUGUUUUGCUGAGGAUUAGUGCAGGCUUUUCCUCCUGUUUUGAUCAGCUAGCUCCUGGACGUUCUUCCAUUGCAUCACUGAAAUAAAAUGUACUGCUGAGAA